UUAUCCAGGCUACGGAAGCUGUUGAAAGCAUAAUCCUUGACCUGUCAUUCUCAAAACCAAAAGUGGUAUACUUCAGUUCCGAAGCUUUUGUUAAAAUGACGAAAUUAAGAUUGCUCAAAAUCCACGGCCACAAUGGAUAUUCAUGUGAGAAUUUAAAGUUUGUUCUGCAUGAGUUAAGAAGUCUCGUAUGGAAGCAUUUCCCCCUAUAGUCUUUACCGUCCAAUUUUAUUGCAAAGAAUCUUGUUGAGCUUGACAUGCAAAAUAGUCUCAUUGAACAUCUUUGGGAAGGAGCCAAGCCUUUGGAAAAUUUGAAAAUUAUCAACUUAACAAGUUCUCUUCACCUGAAGAAAACUCCUGACUUCACGGAGGCAAAAAAUCUUGAGAAAGUAGUUUUUCGAAGUUGUACAAGUUUAUUUGAGGUUCACCCAUCCAUUUCAUCUCUCAAAAACCUGGUUCUUUUGGAUUUGGAAAAUUGCAGAAAUCUUAAGAUUUUUCCUAGCAAGAUUGGUAUGAAAUCUCUUAGAACCCUUAAACUUUCAUGGUGCAAAAACCUCGAUAAGUUUCCCAAAGUUUCAGAUGUUAUGCAGGAUCUAUCAGAGCUUUAUUUAGAUUAUACUGAAAUUAAAGAACUGCCCUCGUCAAUAAGUAAUCUUACGAGGCUUGUUACCUUGAAUCUAAAAGGUUGCAAACAAUUUAAGAGUCUUCUGAGGCGUAUUUCUCACAUGAAAUCUCUUAAAAGCCUUGAUGUUUCUGAAUGCUCAAAGCUUGAAAAGUUUCCAGAAAUUUCAGAGGUUAUGAAGAAGCUGUCUGAGCUUUGUUUGGAUGACACUGCAAUUAAGGAGCUGCCUGCUUCUAUUUUAAAUCUCACCAGUCUUGUUACUUUGAGUCUGAAUGAUUGCAGAGAACUUGAGAGUCUUCCAAGCAGCAUUUCUCACAUGAAAUCUCUAUCUGAGCUUUAUUUGGAUGGCACUGCAAUUAAGGAGCUGCCUGCUUCUAUUUUAAAUCUCUCCAGUCUUGUUACUUUGAGUCUGAAUGAUUGCAGAGAACUUGAGAGUCUUCCAAGCAGCAUUUCUCACAUGAAAUCUCUUAAAUACCUUUAUGUUUCUGGAUGCUCAAAGCUUGAGAAGUUUCCAGAAAUUUCAGAGCUGAAUGAUUGCAGAGAACUUGAGAGUCUUCCAAGCAGCAUUUCUCACAUGAAAUCUCUUAAAUACCUUGAUGUUUCUGGAUGCUCAAAGCUU